AUGGCGACCGCGUCUGCACCUACCACCCUCAAGGGGGCCGUGGGAUCGUACAAGGACAUCCAGACUGUGAGUUUCUCCAAGGAAAACGAAUUGAAAGGCAACGAGAGGUUUGCGGCGGCAAGCUUCCCACACUAUCUCCCUGUCUGGGAUAAUGAGAAAGGUGAACUAUAUCCGCCUUUGGAACCCUUUGAGCAUUACGAGCAUGGAAAGGAUGCCGACCCUUCGUUCAAGAACCUUUUGAAGGCCGGCAGCCACCUUGAGAACGUCACGGCGUCGAUCGGUGCCGAGGUGACUGGUGUUCAACUCUCCCAGCUCGACGACAAAGGCAAAGAUGAACUGGCUCUGUUGGUCGCCCAGAGGAAAGUCGUCGCUUUCCGAGACCAGGACUUUGCUUCUCUCCCUAUUGAAAAGGCCUUGGAAUUUGGACGGUACUUUGGAAGACUGCACAUCCAUCCUACCAGGCAAGCAAUCUCACCCGGCUAUCCUGAAGUCCACCUUGUCCACCGUGGUGCUGAUGACAAGUCCUUCCUCGACUUCCUCACGAGCCGAACCAACUCGAUCGCAUGGCAUAGCGAUGUGACCUAUGAACACCAGCCUCCUGGGACCACAUUCUUGUAUGCCCUGGACGUCCCCGACGCGGGUGGCGACACUCUGUUCUGCAACAUGGUCAAGGCAUAUGAACGACUCUCUCCAGCUUUCCAGGAACGCCUGGCGGGUCUGCAGGCUGUCCAUUCUGGCUAUGAACAGGCCACUGCGGCCAAAAACCGGGGCAGCAUCUACCGCCGUGCACCAGUCUCUUCCAUCCACCCUCUCGUGCGAACCCAUCCGGCGACUGGCGAGAAGGCUCUGUAUGUGAACCCUCAAUUCACCAGAUACAUUGUCGGAUUCAAGCAGGAAGAGAGCGAUUACCUCCUAAAGUUCUUGUAUGACCAUAUCGCCCUGAGCCAGGAUAUUCAGUGCCGUGUCAGAUGGAGGCCAGGCACCGUGGUUGUUUGGGACAAUCGUGUCACGACGCACUCUGCUCUGAUCGACUGGCAGGAUGGUCAACGACGACACAUUGCACGCAUCACUCCGCAAGCAGAGCGCCCAUAUGAAUAG